UAUAACCUUUUUACCGACCAAAAGCAGCAGCCGCGACUGAUUCCAAUUUCCAACUGCCGAACCAACCUCCCUUCUCCUUCUCCACUUCCAUGGCCUGAGCAGCCCUCCUCCGACGCCGCUUCUCCGAUGGACGCCCUCCCCCGCGCCCCCGAUCUGUGCAGGCUCCGGUCCCCGGCCUCCCGCCCCUCCGCCGCCGUCGCCGCCGCCGCGCGGCCGCGAGGAAUCGGCGCUUCCCUCCCGCUUCUCCGCAUUCCCGGCGACUCCGGCUUCCGCGGUUCGUUGCUGCGGAUCCGAUUCGCGGCCGCUCCUCGCGAUUGGCGGUCCCGCCCCCUCGCCAAAGCUGGCGAUCACGACCACGGCCACGACCACGGCCACGACCACGCCAUCGCCACCAUCGACCAUGACCACGGCCAUCACCACGGCCACGGCCAUCACCACGGCGACGGAGGCGACGCGGAGCUGACCGGGGCGCAGAGGGCGCUGGGCGAGUUCGCGCGGGCGGUCGGAUGGGUGGACCUGGCGAAUUUGUUGAGGGAGAAUCUGCAGAUGUGCUGCUGCUCCGCGGCUUUGUUCGUAGCCGCCGCCGCUUGCCCUUACCUGGUUCCGAAGCCGGUGGUGAAGCCGUUUCAGAAUUCUUUGAUGCUCGUCGCGUUUCCUCUCGUUGGAGUAUCAGCUUCCCUCGAUGCACUCACUGAUAUUGCGGCUGGAAGAGUAAACAUCCAUGUGUUGAUGGCUCUUGCGGGUUUUGCAUCAACGUUCAUGGGAAACCCCUUGGAAGGAGGCUUACUUCUGGCAAUGUUCAAUCUGGCUCAUAUAGCUGAGGAGUACUUCACCAGCCGUUCAAUGAUUGACGUGAGAGAGCUGAAGGAAAAUUAUCCUGAUUUUGUGCUUGUCUUGGAUGUGGAUGAUGAGGAAUCACCUAAGUUCUCUGAUUUAGCAUACAGAAGGGUUCCUGUGCAUAAUGUGGCAGUCGGCUCCUAUAUAUUGGUUGGAGCUGGAGAGUCUGUGCCUGUAGAUUGUGAAGUUCUCCAGGGUAGUGCAACAAUAACCAUUGAGCACUUGACUGGAGAAGUCAAACCAUUAGAGGCUAAAUGUGGAGAUAGGAUUCCCGGUGGUGCAAGGAACUUGGAUGGUAGAAUAGUUGUAAAGGCAACAAAGACCUGGAAAGAAUCUACACUGAGCAAAAUCGUACAGUUGACAGAAGAAGCACAACUCAAUAAGCCCAAGCUCCAAAGAUGGCUUGAUGAAUUUGGUGAGCAUUACAGCAAGGUGGUUGUAGUUCUAUCCAUUGCAGUUGCCAUCAUUGGCCCACUGUUGUUCAAAUGGCCAUUUUUUAGCACCUCAGAUUGCCGAGGGUCAAUAUAUAGAGCAUUGGGCCUUAUGGUAGCAGCAUCGCCCUGUGCCUUAGCUGUGGCUCCGUUGGCCUAUGCUACUGCAAUUAGUUCUUGUGCAAGAAAGGGGAUAUUGCUGAAAGGUGGGCACGUCUUGGAUGCUCUAGCUUCUUGCCACACUGUAGCAUUUGAUAAAACUGGGACAUUGACCACGGGCGGACUAAUGUUCAAAGCAGUAGAACCAAUCUAUGGUCAUGGAAAAAGAGAAGGUGAAUCAAAAAUUGUUACUUGUUGCACUCCGAGCUGUGAAGAAGAAGCUCUUGCUGUAGCAGCUGCAAUGGAGAAGGGUACUACACAUCCUAUUGGAAGAGCUGUCGUAGAUCAUUGUGUGGGGAAGGACCUUCCUUCCAUUUCUCUUGAGAGUUUUGAGUAUUUUCCUGGUAGAGGUCUUAUUGCCACUCUGAACAAUACUGAGGAAGGAAGUGGAGGUGGCAAAAGUGUGAAGGCAUCACUUGGUUCCAUAGACUUUAUAACUUCAUUUGCUAAAUCUGAAGAUGAAUCAAAGAAGAUAAAGGAGGCUGUUAGUGCAUCUUCUUAUGGAAGGGAUUUAGUUCAUGCUGCUCUUUCUGUUAAUAAAAAGAUAACACUUAUUCAUCUCGAGGACAGACCUCGGCAAGGGGUUGCAGAAGUGGUUGCAGCAUUGAAAGAUGAAGCCAAUCUGCGUGUAAUAAUGUUGACUGGCGACCAUGAGUCAAGUGCAUGGAGAGUAGCAAAUUCUGUAAAUAUUGAUGAAGUUUAUUGCGGCCUGAAGCCUGAGGAUAAGCUUAAUUAUGUGAGAAGCAUCUCAAGAGAUACAGGGGGAGGCCUUAUUAUGGUUGGUGAGGGUAUUAAUGAUGCACCUGCUCUCGCUGCUGCUACGGUGGGCAUCGUGCUUGCUCAACGUGCUAGUGCAACUGCUGUUGCUGUUGCUGAUGUGCUCUUGCUGCGAGAUAACAUAUCGGGUGUUCCAUUCUCUAUUGCCAAGUCACGGCAUACGACAUCCCUGGUUAAGCAGAAUGUGGCUCUUGCUUUAACUUGCAUAUUUUUGGCCUCCUUACCAUCCGUAUUGGGUUUUCUUCCCUUGUGGUUGACGGUCCUUUUGCAUGAAGGCGGUACACUCCUUGUCUGUCUUAAUUCCAUUCGCGCCCUUAAUAACCCUACUUGGUCGUUGAGGCAAAAUUUGUCACACCUGCUUGGUGAACUGAAAGGAAGAUUCGAGACCUGGUUGAAAUCAAACCUCGACUCGACCAUAAUCGAGGCUACACAUCUGUGAAGUUCCCUUUCACUAGCUAUUCUUUCCUUCAUCUUCUCCUUGUGGAUUGGAACGUGAAGGAACACUCGCAGCAACAAAGUUGUAUAUCCUGUAAAAUUAGGUGAUCGGCAAAAGCAGCAGCUACUAGAGCGAGUAUCUUCUUUCCUUCUCCCUUUAAUUGAUUUUAUUCUUUUUCUGCAUUUUCAUUGUAUAAUAUGAACUGCUGCGACUCAAAGUGAAAAGAUUCCCUUUUCUGUCGACGAGUCUGGACUUUAUUAAA